AUGCACCGAUCCCGGCCCUGCUCCCCACGAUCAAGAACUAGGUUUUUUCCUAGAAACAGGACUUCAGAGAGCCCAUGUCCUCUAUUUCAAAAAUGGACAAUAGCCCGGCAAUUGGCGGAGAUCUUGUUGCGGGGUAUGUGUGAACAGAGCUACUGGAACCCUCUGGAGGACCCACCCUGCCAGUCACCUCUGGACGAUCCUCUCCGGAAAGGAGCAAACACAAAAACCUACAUCCUCACUCGGAAAGCCCGCGUCUACUCAGGAGAGAACAUUUUUUGUCCUCAAGAAAAUACUGAAGAGGCCCUGUUGUUACUGCUGAUCAGUGAAUCGAUGGCCAACCGGGACGCUGUGCUGAGCAGAAUACCCGAGCACAAGAGUGACCGCCUCAUCAGCUUGCAGAGUGCAUCUGUGGUCUAUGAUUUACUGACCAUUGCCCUCGGAAGAAGAGGCCAGUAUGAGAUGCUGUCGGAGUGCUUGGAAAGAGCCAUGAAGUUUGCCUUCGAGGAGUUCCAGCUCUGGUACCAGUUUGCUCUGUCUCUCAUGGCUGCGGGAAAAUCUGCACGGGCUGUGAAGGUGCUGAAAGAGUGCAUCCGUCUGAAGCCCGACGACGCCACCAUCCCGCUCCUCGCCGCGAAGCUGUGCAUGGGCUCUCUUCACUGGUUGGAAGAGGCUGAGAAGUUUGCCAAAACAGUCGUGGAUGCGGGAGAGAAAACGUCAGAGUUCAAGGCCAAAGGCUACUUAGCUCUGGGGCUCACGUACAGUCUGCAGGCCACUGACGCUUCUUUGCGAGGGAUGCAGGAGGUCCUACAGAGAAAGGCGCUUCUUGCAUUUCAGAGGGCCCACAGCCUGUCACCUACAGAUCACCAAGCAGCUUUCUACCUGGCUCUGCAGCUUGCCAUCUCCAGACAGAUCCCAGAGGCUCUGGGGUACGUCCGCCAAGCUCUUCAACUUCAAGGUGAUGACGCCAACUCCCUGCACCUCCUUGCCCUCUUACUGUCUGCACAAAAGCAUUACCACGAUGCUCUGAAUAUCAUUGACAUGGCCCUCAGUGAAUAUCCGGAGAAUUUUAUACUACUGUUUUCCAAAGUGAAGUUGGAGUCACUCUGCCGGGGCCCGGAUGAGGCGCUCCUCACUUGUAAGCACAUGUUACAAAUAUGGAAAUCCUGCUACAACCUAACCAAUCCCAGUGAUUCUGGACGUGGGAGCAGCCUCUUAGAUAGAACCAUUGCUGACAGACGACAGCUUAACACAAUUACUUUGCCAGACUUCAGCGAUCCCGAGACAGGCUCUGUCCACGCCACGUCCGUGGCGGCCUCCAGAGUGGAGCAGGCACUGUCAGAAGUGGCCUCGUCUCUGCAGAGCAGCGCCCCCAAGCAGGGCCCGCUACACCCCUGGAUGACGCUGGCACAGAUCUGGCUGAGGGCAGCUGAAGUCUACAUUGGCAUCGGGAAGCCUGCAGAAGCCACAGCCUGUACUCAGGAAGCUGCCAACCUCUUCCCGAUGUCCCACAACGUCCUGUACAUGCGCGGACAGGUUGCUGAGCUCCGGGGAAACCUCGAUGAAGCCCGGCGGUGGUACGAAGAAGCCUUAUCCAUCAGUCCCACGCACGUGAAGAGCAUGCAGCGACUGGCCCUGAUCCUUCAUCAGCUGGGCCGCUACAGUCUAGCAGAGAAGAUCCUCCGGGAUGCCGUGCAGGUGAACUCGACGGCCCACGAGGUGUGGAACGGGCUGGGCGAGGUCCUGCAAGCCCAGGGCAAUGAUGCAGCAGCCACUGAGUGCUUCCUGACGGCCCUGGAGCUGGAGGCCAGCAGCCCUGCCGUGCCCUUCACCGUCAUCCCUCGGGUGCUCUGAGCAGGUGCCUGCCAGCCUCACUGCUGCUCAGGCCCCCAGGGCCCCGCCUGGGGCACCCCCACCCCCACCCCGCCGCACCGAGGCCACGGAUGGACGUGUGACUGGCCACACUGAACUAACCGAACGAGCCCCGGUUCAUCGCUGUCCCCACGCGCAUUUCUGUUACUGUUUUGGCCAGCCCGAUGAUAGUUUUUGAACCUACUGAACAUUGUCCAAAAUGGAUUAUGUGCCAUAUUUUGUGAGUCGACAUCUGCGUUUUAAAGUCAAAUGAUAAUGGACUUAAUCAGCAAAUGUAGAAGAAUAUAUCCAAAGUUAAAAUUCAGUGGCAGAGCAGAUUAUUUUUAUCAGAGCUGUAAAGAUAACUCUCCUUCCCCUACCACUCCUGCCCCAACCUCGGCCCGGAAACCAAAUGUGAAUUUUCUGUUUUCCACCUCAGUCCUAGUCCAAGCCAGGACACCAGCUGACAAUUUCUUGGUUUUGUUGUCAAUAACUGUACCAUGUGAAUUCCUGUCCUCACUUAGAGCAAAGCCUGAGUUGGAGAAUGUUUCUAUUUCACCAAUAUAUGCCUGUUACAAGAGAAGGAAAUAGGAGCUAUUUAAGUUUAACUUUUUUAUGUGAAUUCAGAGUUUAUUUAUCGAUGGAAAUAUGUACAAAGAAGCUUCAAAUGGAAUAUUUACCGACAUUCCUUAUACAUGACAGACACUUGGCUAAAUGGGAAGAUGAUGUUAAUAAUAAAAUGAUUUUUAAAUGGA